AUGGCUCCACAAACACGCGCAAAGUACCAUCGAGGGACUCCUCCUAUUACUUUACAGGCUAAAGAAGCCGAUACUCUCAAAAAAACGCGCUUUUUUGAUGCCUUUGAUGCCCAAACUGCGGAUCUAAAAAUACGUCCAAUUGCACGUGCAACAGGAAUACCAUAUCCAACAGCGCGUCGAUGGCUACGGCAACGACGCCAACUAGGCUCCUCUGCCUAUAGACAUACUCGCCAGUUAUCUACGCACCUAGGGAGACCCUCUUCCGUUACUGAAAAUGAAAUCCGAGCUCUCCUACAGGCUCCGCAGGAGGUGCGAUUACAACCAUUAGCCGCGCAGCUUACAAUUUAUAAUAUAAACCUCAGUGUACGCCAAGCUCAAUGGAAAAUUAAGGAAUACUCCAAAAAUGCUCAAAAAUAUAAGGCUGCCUAUUUUAAGGACGAUUUAAGCCCUCAAAAUGAGCUCGAUCGUACAGAAUACGGUACGAUUCAAAGUGGGAAAAGUAUGGAAGAUUUCUGGUGGUGGAUCCUCUUUACAGACGAGUUUCAUUAUAAUCCAAGUCUCCUUGGUGAUCCAAUGAUCCUCCGUGACGAGGAGACACGUUACGAGGACGAGAAUAUCGUCUCUAGGCCUCCUAAAGGAGCCUCCUUUACUCUUCACGGGGCAGGAUGGGUUGGCUGGUUUGCACAGUGUGAGGAGCUUAUAUUCUGGCAUGACACUAAGGCGGAAAAGGUCACAAAGGAGCAAAUAAAGGAGCUAAAGAGGCUCCUCAAGGAAAAAACUCCUCGUCGCCCUCAAAACCUCGUCGGAGUAAAUUCGAGUCGUCUCAACUAUGGCAGGAUAGAAUGGAUCAAUAUGGUAAGGAUAUAUGUGAAUGGCAACUCUCCUGCCCUCAACCAGUAA